AUGGUCCCAGCCACCCUCGGCGAUGCGGGCCAGCCCGUCGACGUUGAGCGGCACCACCUCGUCGACGCCGUCGAUCAUACGCACGAUCUCGACCGCCUCGGGCCGCGUGAUCCAGCAGACGUAGGGCCGCGGAUGCAGCGUGUGGAGGAUCGGGACCAGGCUGCCGGUCCGCAGCACGUCGCCCAGCGCAUCGAGCUUGACGAUCAGCACGCGGCAGCCGAAUUCAUCGGCGCGGGUGCAGAUCGUGACCCUGGGGAUCGUGCUCAGCCUGUUCAACGGCGGCAUGCCGCCGAUCGGCGGGCACCUGUUCUUCUUCUAUGCGACGGGCGUGAUGCCCUUCUAUCUGUUCAUCCACGUCAUCGAUCACUCGCAGAACCUGUUCCAGGACAAUAUCGGCGUGCUGCAGGUCCCGGUGAUCGCCCGCCUCGACCUCGUGCUGGCGAUGGCGCUCACCGAGCUGCUGAUCGGCUUCACCGUGAUCGUCGUCACUUUCGGCACUUUCGAGCUGAUCUCCUACGGCCCGCGCACGGACAAUCACAUCGAGGCGGUCUAUGCCACGCUGGCGGUCUGGCUGUUCGCGCUGGGGCUCGGGCUGAUCAGCGCCGUCAUGAACAACCUGUGGCGGCCGUGGGCCAAUGGCUGGAUGAUCACGCAGCGCUUCCUCUACGUCGCCUCGGGCGUGUUCUUCCUGCCGCAGAGCAUGCCGGAAUGGAUUCGCGAGCCGCUGUCCUGGAACCCCCUCCUCCAGUGCAUCGAGUGGUUCCGUACCGGCUUCUUCCGCGACUACGAUCCGCCGUGGCUCGACAAGAGCUACAUCCUCGCCGUCGCCUUCGGCACGGUGCUGGUCGGGCUGAUCCUCGAACGGGCACUGCGCCGCCGCAUGAGGACCCAGUGAUCCGCCUCGAAAGAGUGAGCAAGAGCUACGCCGUGCCCGGCGGGCGUCACGUCAUCCUCGACGAUGUGAGCUUCGAGCUGCCGCCGCUCAGCCGCAUCGGCAUCUUCGGCGUGAACGGCGCGGGCAAGUCCGCCCUGCUGCGCCUGAUCGCCGGCAGCGAGAUGCCCGACCGCGGACGCAUCGUGCGCAAAGGGCGUGUGUCAUUUCCGGUGGGCUUCACCGGGACCUUCCACCCCCACCUCUCGGCCCGCGAGAACGUCGCCUUCCUCGCGCGGAUCUACGGCAUGAACCAUGGCGAGGUCAGCGCCUGGAUCGAAGAAUUUGCCGAGCUCGACCGCUAUUUCGACAUGCCGGUCGGCACUUAUUCCUCCGGCAUGUUUGCCCGCAUCGCCGUCGCCACCAGCUUCGCCUUCGACUUCGACCUCUACCUCGUGGACGAAGUGAUCGAGGUCGGCGACGCGGCCUUCCGCCGGAAGUGCGCGGCCGCCUUCGGGGAGCGCAUGCAUGCGGCCUCGCUGAUCCUCGUGUCGCAGCAUGUCGAGACGAUCCGCCAGUACUGCAAUCUCGGGGCGGUCCUGCAUCGCGGCAGGCUCAGCGACUUCACGACGAUUGACGAGGCCCUCGAGACCUACGAACGUUCGCUCCGGGCGACGUGA